AUGGGAGCUGUUAUAUCUGUAAUUCCUGUAAAUAAACAAAGAGAUCGUAAAGCAUCAGAUUUUGUUUUAUUUGCCGCCAAUGGCUUAAAAAUUCAAACUUUUGGCAACAAAGCGCUAAAAUUAGAUCUUGAACUGCGUCUCCAAUUUACUUGGUCAUUCACAAUAGCAAAUGUCUCAAAAGCUAUUAUUGGAGCAGAUUUUCUCAAAAAUUUCAGUUUAUUAGUUGAUUUGAAAAGGAAAUGCCUUAUUGAUACACUGACAUCAUUGUCUUCAUUUGGUAAAAUAGCUACAUUUCCAAAUUUUUCUCUCACUACGAUAGCUUCUGCAACAUAUGAUUCACCAAUAUCUAAUCUUCUUAAUGAAUUCAAGGAAAUCACAAGGCCGAGUUGUUCGAUUAAGGACCCUAAGCAUUUCGUUACUCAUCACAUCAUAACGAAAGGCCCUCCUGUCACAUCAUAA